ACAACGCUGUUCGUCAUUACAAAUGAAUCUGAAAACUCUUGGCUACAGCACUAUUACUUGUAACGUUAACAAUUUGUGUUUUAUUUUACGACUAAACAAAUUACCAGAUAAAGUGAUCACUACGUUGGAUCCGUCCAUGCAUAUAUAAUGACUAUUAAAAUAUUAGCUAAUUUCGCGGUCGCUAAGAAAAUCGUGUCCCUGCAGCCUCUGAUUUCUCGGACCAAUUUGUUUACAUUUGAUAUUACCUACACAUAACAAACCGUAUUUACACCAGUAAAGAAGUAUUACAUUCUGAGACACACAAAAAUCUUCCUACAGAGAACAAGAAUAAUAGAUAUAAUAUAAAAACAACGAAGAGCCAUAAAUGAAAAUCCAGGGAGUCUAAAUAUAGUCUAAAACCCUAUAAAAGAAGAAAGAAGAAGAAGAAGACUACCAUAUAGUCUAAAACCCUAUAAAAGAAGAAAACAAGAAGCCUUAUUUAGGGAUUUAGCUGAAAACCUCAAACUUUCGUUUGAACCGUCCAAGAGCAAACAUCAAACCCGGUAAUUGUUAAGUGAACAGACGGACGAAAAAGCCGGAAAGAACUUCACGCAAUUCCAACCAGUAAUUAAUAACAACACUGCACCAACAUACAAGUGCAGAUCAACCACCCAUAAAGAAGUACUGCAUACUGAGACAGAUAUUCCUACAAAGAACAAGAAUAAUAGAUGUAAUUUGAAAACUAUUAAGAAUUACAAAAAAAAAUAAAUAAAAAAAAAUAGUAUAAUUGAAACCCUAUAACAGAAGAAGCAGCUGGAAAAAUGGCAUUCGUAUCAACAAUUCGUCUUUCAAGAAUUUAUGGAAGUUCAUAUCAAACAAAUUGAAAUGAUGGACUUUUGUACAUAGAUAAAGCACACACAAAGUUACAAGAAGGACAAUUGUAUCUGCCCAAAAGGAUGCAACAAUAAAAGUGUAAUACAUUAAGCUGGAUUUGCACAUCACAUGCCCAAGCUUCAUCAGAAGAAAAUGGAAAGCCUUAUGACAUAUCAACUUAUCAGUUUCCCUAUACUCUGGAGGAAAGAUCAUUGAUUUUGAGCAUCAUUAAUAAUGCAACAGAAGAAAUGUUAGCAAGACUGAAAGUGUCUAAAAGUAUGAGAAAGAAGCUGUUAAAGGACAGGCAUCAAACUGGAAGUUAUAUGGAUUUGUCACAACUAUUGAAUGUUGAUGGAAUGGGAAUUAAGUCAGUUGAACAGCUCUGUUCAUUCAUACUUAAAGACAUGGGAGAAACUGAGAAGGAAACGGAUCCUAAUGAUUCAAGUUUUGUUUAUAAGAAACGUUUAGUCAAGCCAAGAUUACAGCAACAUGUAUUGAAGAAUAUAAAGACAUUGGUUUCACUAGAUGUGACUGUAGGUUUUCUCUCUUGGACCAAAUUGGACAACAAAAGUGCUGUAUUAGAUGUAAAUUGUGAAGAGAUCCUUACUGCCUCAUCUCGACUUGAUUUGCCAAAGCUUUAUGAAAAGGUGGUGAAUAUAUCCAAAAGAAUCCCAGUGGCUGAUGCUUAUGUUUGGGAGGAGAAAGCCAACUAUGGACACUUACAAGGAGCAACUCUGGGCAUAAUAAUAGCAUCUUUACAGUUGGCACAGAUUAGAGGAAUGCUGACUGCAUUAUUGGAACCUUGUCAUGGACGAGGUGCAGAGAAGCGGCUUUUUUAUCUUCGUGAUGCUCUUGUCUCCAAAUUAUUUAGACUUAAGGUUGGAAGUGAAAGAAUCUCAGGCAUCAACCUAGCAGAUCAGUUGGUAAAGGGCCACCAACUAUUGGAAUGGUUACCAGCUUUAGAUAUAAGUAAAGAAGCGCAGACAAAAUUUAUUACCUGUGAACGAACCAAAAGAAGGCAUAUGGCCACUUCUUUAUUCAUAGGACUAGCAUUCUCCCAAGUACUUAUCCUGCAGAAUAAAAAUGCCCUAAAAAUUUUAAGUAGAUGAAAUUGUUAGCUUUAUGCAGUCCUAGAAAAGAUAUUCAUUGCAUUGUCAUUAAUAUUAGACUCUUAAUGAAUUGAAUAAAGUCUUGAUUUUUCAGAA